GUCCUUUCGAGCCGAACGACCGCCUCCUGAGUUCUCCGUGAGAAGCUUGAAAUUGUAUCUGUCUUCUUGGGAGUAGAUAAACCUGAUGGGUUAAAAGACGAUUAAGUGACUGUGCAAAUGAUGGAGAAGCCUCUCUGGUAUUGGUUUCAAUGACUAGGACAUUUCGAAGAGAAAAUGACCUGAAACAUCCACCACGGCUGCGCUCCAUCACGACACUUGUGUGACCUCAUUUCUCGUUAUCUCCUUAGAAAAAAAAAGACGAAUUUAUCUUUUUGCCUCAGGUGAAAAAAUAUGCAGUCCAGACUCUGGUGCUUGGUACAAGUAUCAAAGGCCCAAAAUAUUUACCGUACAGAAAUUUCCCAAGACCAUUAUUGAUCCACUAUUAUUCCAACCUGGCACGUACAAUUUCAACCGGGCACGCUGGAUCCAUGUCUAGUCUUGCAAUUAAGCGUAGUGUUAAAGUCUCCACGAUGCUACUAUCUUCCUUUACUGAAAAUGAAGCUCUAUUUAGUUGGCAUUACGUGGGACGAUCGCAAACUCCUGCCGGCUGAAACAAUCUUCCAUGGUGAAGAUGUGGAGUUAGUGGAUAGGCUGUCUACCCCUGAGUUAGAGCUGUUGCCAGUGCCUACAAGAAUGUCCUGUUGUGCUGAGGGUUUGACAUGCAUGCUCGUAUUUGCUAUCUUCGCAGCCGUCCUAGGAAUGUUUCAGUUUGGAUACAAUACCGGUGUCAUCAAUGCUCCACAGAAAAUCAUUCAGAAGUUCAUCGCUGAUGUUUACAAAGCCCGAACAGGGAAGGACAUCUCAGAGGAUUUUCGGGACUUAUUGUGGUCUUUGAUUGUAUCUGUAUUUGCCAUUGGAGGGAUGAUUGGAGGCAUGAUUGGGGGUUCUAUUGCUGACAAAUUCGGAAGGAAAGGAGGUUUACUAGUGAAUAAUGCAUUCGGUAUUAUUGGAGCAGCUCUAAUGGGAUCUAGCAAAAUUUCACAAAGUAUAGAGAUCCUCGUAGUGGGCAGGCUUAUUAUAGGAAUGAAUUGCGGUGUCAACACUGCAUUGGUGCCGAUGUAUUUAUCUGAAAUCUCUCCACUUACGCUGAGAGGAGGACUGGGGACCGUGAAUCAAUUAGGAAUCACUAUUGGUCUUCUGUUAUCACAGGUGCUAGGCAUACAAGCUAUUCUCGGAACAGAGAGAGGGUGGCCAUUCCUUUUUGGGAUAUCUGUGAUUCCUGCAGUUUUACAGCUUCUGAUUCUUCCCUUAUGCCCUGAAAGUCCAAGAUAUUUGCUCAUUUCAAAGCAGCAGGAGUCUCUCGCCAGAGAGGCCUUGCAGAAACUAAGGUGCUCAAGUUUAGUCGAAGAAGACAUAGAAGAAAUGAAAGCCGAAGACAGGUCUCAGCAGCACGAACCGGAGACAGCUUUUACAGAAGAAUUUCGCAUACAGCCACCUCCAGUGCAAAUCACUAUGUGGAAAUUGCUGCAGAACAGGUCCCUCCAUCUUCCAUUAGUAAUAGGAGUGGUAAUGCAACUUACACAACAGCUUUCAGGCAUUAAUGCGGUACUUUACUACUCAACAGGCCUUUUUAUGGAAGCUGGUCUUCCUGAGAAUGCUGCCAAAUACGCAACCAUCGGUGUUGGUUCAGUCAUGGUUGUUAUGACUCUCGUCUCAAUCCCUCUAAUGGAUCAAAAGGGUCGAAGGACGUUGCAAUUGUAUGGUCUGGGUGGAAUGUUCAUCUUCAGUAUAUUCAUCACCAUCACUAUGCUUGUCAAGUUCCUUUACUACUGGAUUGCUUACCUCAGUGUUGUCAGCACGUUAUUUUUUGUUGUAUUCUAUGCAAUUGGUCCGGGUCCCAUUCCGUGGAUGAUUACCGCAGAACUAUUUUCACAGGGACCACGUCCAGCAGCUAUGAGCAUAGCGGUUACUGUUAAUUGGUUCGCAAAUUUUGUCGUUGGGUUAGUCUUUCCACAAAUGCAAAGGGUGUUUGAGCAUUAUACCUUUUUGGCUUUUACUCUGUUCUUGGCUGGGUUUUGGACUUUCACAUAUAAAAAGAUUCCUGAGACAAAGAAUAAAACAUUCGAAGAAAUCUCUGCACUUUUUAGGAGGGAUGAUGACCCACUUAACGUGAAUGGAAUGGCAGUACUCCGAAAUUCUCUACAGCCGACGGAGUUGAUAUUUGAAGAGAAGCCAGUGGAUCAGUGCGAAUUCCAUCAUCGACAUCACUGCCGUUUACGAAACAUGCCAGGAGGCCCCAAGGAAUUCGCUGAAGUAACGCCAAACCAUGUGGAAGAUGCACUAUGACGGAAAGCGUGUAAGCACUACCUCGUUCAACUCGCUCGCACUCUUAUUGUAUCUAAGGCCUUUACUGGAAGGAAUGUGUAGACGCUCUUCUCAACCAGAUCGGUAAAUUGUGGCGGCUAACACGAAGUUAGAAAAUAACCCCUUUAUCGACUAAGGCUACUACUGCUGCUAUUGCUCAGUGAUCAGCCUUUAGCUCCCGGCUGAUUUAUGUGCAUGUCUUUUAGUUCUAAAACCUACGACAAAAGCCCGACUGAUACGUGACAGAAGAUUUUUGAGAUUUUUAGAAAUCAUCAUCUCUACCAUUAGAGGUUCUUUAUAGCAAUCCUGUACAGAAAGUUCUUUUACGUGAAUAAAGUUAAGUAAACACACACACACAAACAUAUGUAUAUAUAUAUAUAUAUAUAUACACGUAAAACAUACAUAUAUAUGUGUACGUAUACGUGUACAUACCUGUAUGCAUUUGUAAACACACAUAUGUAUACAUCUAGAUAUAUAUAUGUGUGUGUGUGUGUGUGUGUGCAUAUAUAUAAUUGUAUGUAUGUAAAGUGACCCUACAGAAGUUUUUAAUUAUCGGUGCCUUCAACUUCAUUCCCCUGGAUGAUUCCCUGAACAAAUUAAUAUGUAAUUCCAUAGUGAGCUGCUGUUCCUGUAAUAUCAAUGAGAACAGAACACUAUAAUGUGAAGGAUGGGUUAAAAACAUCCUUUCCUGCUUUGAGCUAUCACACUGAGAAGAAUGUUGAAAGAAUAUUUAAAAAAUAAAGAAGAAGAAAAACACAAUAAUACACUUCGAUGGUUCAAGUCACUGCUAAAACGCAUCACAGCUAUUUUCUUGUGUUUAUGUCCAUCGUUGGGACACUAUUGCACCCAAUGACUCAUUUUAUCUAUCUAGAUUAUGCAAUUAGAUCGUCUUAUUAUCUCUUAAACUAUUAAAACUUACGAAGUUUUACAGACAGAUGGCAAAGAACAAUUGAAACUGUAUAUAAAAGAAUAUGAAUGAUUUCGAGAGCUGUUAAAUCAGUCAGCAAAAUUGUAUGAACAACAGACGGCUAGUACAUUUUAAUGUCUUAAAAAUCUUUUGUACAUAGUUUAUUUUAAUUGCCCUAUUUUUCACAUAGAAGUAUGUAACACAUAUUAUUUUCCUUCCUUUAUUCUCGUGGAUAAAAUCCGGAGAGUCUACAGAUUUCUUAGUUCAAUAUGGUUUCUCAACCAAUCUCUAUCAGUGUCAUUAACAUAAUACCAGUAUUGGCCAAUUAUAGGAAUCAGUUUUAGAAAUAGGUAAUAAACGGUUAUGUGUAUUUGGUAAAAGGCAGCAUUGUUCCUUUUCUGAUGAUUGUCUAAUGCAGUAUGUUGUAAUUCACAAAACCAUAUAUUGUUAAUUUUUUAAAUAUAAAAUUUAUUGAGAGUUUUAACUAUAUGUAUGUAUAUGUAUACAUAUUUAUUAUGUAUAUAUAUAUAUAUAUACAUACACAUCAUGUUAGAUGAAUUUCUUCAGUUUCGUAAAAAUUUUACUAUGAAAAAUAAAUUAACGAAUUGCGCUCGUAUUAAAUUUUUAUCAUGAAAAUCAGCAUGAAAGCCUGUAUGCCUACUGAAGUUUAGUCCAAUAAACUUUGAAAUUUUGUAGCAAAUAAACGAUUUCUCCUCGUAAAA